UUAGCAGGUAGUUUUAUUAGAUCAGAUAAUGAACGACUGAAGAAAAUGUUUCACAUGUUCGUUUUCUUCUGUUUGUGCUGGUGCCGUCAGAUUGGUGUGUUUGGUGAGUCAGUGUCAGUGACGGAGGGAGAUUCUGUCACUUUACACACUGGUGUUACUGAAAUACGUGAGGACGAUGAUUCACUGUGGAAAUUUGGAGCUGAAAAGUCUCAAAUAGCUAAAAUGAAGAAAAAUAAACAAAUCUUCUCCACAUAUGAUGGUCCUGAUGGGAGAUUCAGAGACAGACUGAAGCUGGACAAUCAAACUGGAUCUCUGACCAUCACAAACAUCACAAUGAAACAUGAUGGAGUUUACCAACUAGAGAUAGCCGGAGCCAAAAAAUCAUCAAAGACAUUCAGUGUUUCUGUCUAUGCUCGUCUGUCUGUUCCUGUCAUCAGCAGUAACUCUUCACAAUGUUCUUCAUCAUCAUCAUCAUCAUCAUCCUCAUCACAGCAGAAUUGUUCAUUGUUGUGUUCAGUGGUGAAUGUGGGUCAUGUGACUCUCUCCUGGUACAAAGGAAACAGUUUAUUGUCCAGCAUCAGUGUGUCUGAUCUCAGCAUCAGUCUCUCUCUACCUCUGGAGGUGGAAUAUCAGGAUAAAAACACCUACAGCUGUGUGCUCAACAAUCCCAUCAGCAACCAGACGAGACAUCUGGACAUCAGUCAACUCUGUCACACAUGUUCAGGUCCUCCAGACUCAGUCUCUCUGAUAUCGCUGAUCUCUGCUGGAUCUCUGUUGAUUAUCGCUGCAGUCGGGAUCUUCUGGAUCUACAGGAAAUAUAGAAAAACCGAUCAAGAAGUUGAGACUUCUACAGAAGAGGUCAUUUACACUGAGCCGACGUUCAACAAAACAAACACAGAGGAACCGAAAGUUAAAGAGGAGAGUCAUGUGGAAUAUGCACCAAUAAUGAUGAGAUGAUCAACCAUCAAUGUUUUUAUAGUACAAGACCCAGAUUGUGUGAUCAUUUUCACUAGAAACCUCCUGCAACGACCUCAGAGUCAAUGGUUGAGCUUUGAGAUCGUGAAAAUCACCACGUUGCAUCUGGUCUCCUAAAACUUCACAAGACUUUACCUUGUGAUACAAGGACUUUAAUGAAUUAGGUAACUCUUACAGCCCAAUGGAGCAUUUUCAUUUUUCACUCUUAAGUCAAAAGAGAGAAACGUAGAUGCAAGCUACCCAUCAAAAGGAACCGAGACCCUGCUGUGGUAUUGAUUAUUUACAUCGGUACAGAAAAUGCGGUUUGAUCUGCUGAUAGACGAACAGCUUGUGCAUGAGAACAUGCCUACUGCUGGACGUUUGUGUUUGAUGUCUGUUCGUGAGUGUUUGAGGUGUGAAAAGUGUUUCUGUGUCAGUAGCAUGUGGUUGAAGGGCUUUUUUCCGUUCUUGCUUACAUGAAACCGUUGACUUCUGCUCUGCAGAGAAACCACUUUACUAUAUACAGUGAUACUGAACCCAUCAAUGCUGAUUUUGACAAAAUGGUCUCAAAUCAAAUAGAGAUGUUACUGUUCAUAUUAGUAUAUGAAAAUAUCAUAUGCACAAAUGCACCAUGAUCUUAUAUACUCAUGCAGUGAUCCUUCAGUUAAGCAGUGAUAGUUUCAGUAGUUAUUUCCAGCUCAAGACUUCUUUCUAAGCAGAAUAAAGGUCAUAUCCUCUGUUUUUAUUAUUAUUAUAUUAUUAUUAUUUCAUUUUUUGUCUAGGUCAUUUAAAGAAUAAAUGCAAUGUAUGAUUUACAAUUUAUGAUUUAUGUUUGAUGUAUCUGGUUUUUGGUUCAAGUUUGACUAGCAGGGCUCCUGCGCAAACACUAAAUGUGACAGUUCCUAUUUAGUUUGUUACUACAGUUAACAAGGAAUAAAAUGCAAAGAAUGAAAUGUUUAAAAAAGUGUUGAACUGUUGUGAAAUGUAGUUUUUGAUAAAUCAUGAAUGGCCCACUUUACCCACAAAAUAAAUUUGUCUGCAGUGCAUGAGCUUAAAAUGUGUAUUGGUAUAUACCUUGCAAUAACACAUUACAUGAACUGCAUUCAAACUGAAAUAUUAAAGUUGGACCUUAAAAAAAAACAAAAAACAUCUAGGUGUCUAAAUUACACAUUCCAGUGUGUUUGUAUAAUUUUAGCAGCAAGUCAGUGCUUAUGUUUUGUGUGUGUGAUACAUCACAUAACUUAAGAGAGUAACAGAUAUGUGAAACAUCUGCUAUAAUAAUAUAAAUUAAUUGUUAUCAGAGUAGGCAUUUCCCCCACAUAAUUGUUAAAUCUAACAGCAGGUGUUAAUUUAAUAGAAAGUGUGUAUGAAACUGGCGCACAGAGC